AUGUUGAUGAAGGAAGAUGACGAUGAGAGGAAGCAAACGUUCAGAACAGUAUUUGAAUCUCACGACGGUCUGCUUGGAAUCUCACGGAAGUAUGGCUCGUUAGGAAAGUGCCGCGAGAAGAACCAGCAGGAAAGCACACACGCAGUGCUUGAUGAGUCGUCCAGCGUCACAUGGAAGGAGCAAACAGGAGCCCAGAGCAAUCGUUACGACGAUUCCAACAACGACGGCGACGACAAUUACAACUGGCAUGAGGAACUUUCAUGGACCGCCUGCGAUCUUACAUAUCUGCCUUGUCGCUCAGACGCAACCAGCAUCACAAGCCUCUCCCAAAUCCUUGCGCGACACGAGUGA